GCCGCAGACGAGGGUGCUCUCCACGGGGCGCGGCGGGGCUGCGGGGCUGGACGUGGAAAGGGCAGGGUUCCGCGGGGCAGGGGCGGACUUGGGACCCGGGGAAGACAGGCAGGACGCGGAGCCGGAGGAGAGCACCUGGGAUAAGUGAGAGGACGCCCGCCCGGGGAAGCAGCCAGCGGAGGGCGCAGGAAGGAGGAGCUCGCUGGUUGGGGGCGUCUUGGGAAGGGUGGGAGGAGCAGAAGGAGCACGGCUGAGGAGGAUGCGGAUGGGGGCCCUGAAAGCCUGUUUGUCCAGUGAGCAGGGGAGGGGAGCGCUGCCUGGAGAGAGUGAAGGAUGGAGGGCAGGGAGUGGGCAGGGGCGUCUGGCCCGGGGAAGGCCGCUGCCUUCCUGGAGGAGGACAGUCAGGGAGCUCACUGCUUUCUGGAGGAGGAAUCUAGGUGAGACCGGGACAGGAAGGGGUGUGGGUGCCCAGAACCGGCUGAUGUGAAGGAGUCUCACUUAGGGAUCCAGGAACAGUGGGAAUAGCACUGCUGGGGGCCAAGAGGGGCACUUGCUCCAUGGGCCGAAGCUGCUAGACACCUUGGGGGAUGGGGGAGCCUCCCCUGGUGUCAGGAGAGCCUGGGGGUCCCCCACACACAGUGAGGGAAGCGGAAAACCCACAGCACUUGCCUCAAGGCUGCGGGCUUUGAAGACCUCCAGAAAUGGCCCUGUGGCAGCCCCUGGAGGAGGCCUGUGGGGCUAGGUCAAGCCAAGGCCUCGGAGUCUGAAGAGUUUGAUGGAUUCGGAGUCUGGCUGCUCCUGGGUGGACAGCCCAGGACCCCAAGUCUGAGCUCCUAUCGGAGAGAGGGACCCAGCCUCUGGUCAUGAGGCCUGUGCUACCUCUGGGUCCUUUCGUUGAGAGGCUGCCCCUCUCCAGCCUUAGCUUCUCUGCCCAGAGGGUUCCUUGCUGGUCAGCAGUGAAGCUCAGAUCCUUUUUCUGUGCCCCAUGCUGGGUGACUAUAGCUCGUUCACCCAACCUCUCUGGGCCUGAGAGAUUCCCCCUCCUCAGAGCAGUUGUCUCAGCUCCACAGAAUAAUUUCUUUAAGAACUGCUUUUUCAGGCCAUCCGUGGGAGCUCACACUUGUAAUCCCAGCGCUUUGGGAGGCUGAGGUGAGAGGAUGGCUUAAGGUGGGAGUUCAAGGUUGCAGUGAGCCGAGAUGGUGCCACUGUACUCCAGCCUGGGGGACAGAGCAUAGACCCUGUUUCAAAAAAAAAAAUAAAGGCCGGGCGUGGUGGCUCACACCUGUAAUCCCAGCACUUUGGGAGGCCGAGGCAGGCGGAUCACCUGAGGUCGGUUGGGAGUUUGAGACCAGCUUGACCAACACGGAGAAACCCCAUCUCUACUAAAAACACAAAAUCAGCCGGGCGUGGUGGUGCAUGCCUGUAAUCCCAGCUACUCAGGAGACUGAGGCAGGAGAAUCGCUUGAACCCGGGAGGCGGAGGUUGCAGUGAGCCGAGAUCAUACCAUUGUACUUUAGCCUGGGCAACAAGAGCGAAACUUUGUCUCAAAAAAUAAAAAAAAAGAAAAGAAUUAGGCUGGGCACAGUGGCUCAUGAUUGUAACCCCAGCACUUUGAGAGGCCAGGGCGGGAGGAUUGCUCAAGCCCAGGAAUUCAAGACCAGCCUGGGCAACAUAGUGAGACCUUGUCUCUACACAUAAUAAAAAAAUUAACCAGGCGUGGUAUUGUUUGCCUGUGGUCAGGGCUAUUCAGGAGGCUGAGGUGGGAGGAUCGCUUGAGCCUGGGCAGUUGAGGCUGCAGUGAUCGCUGCACUGCACUUCAGCCUGGUGACAGAGUGAGACCCUAUCUCAAGAACAGAAAGAAUUACUUAUUUCAUUCUGAUCACAUUUUCCAGUACAAAUACACAGAAGCCCCAAGUGCCAAAAUUACAAAAAAAAAAAAAACAAAAAAAAAACAGUUUCUGUUCAGUUUUGGAAGACAUGUAGGGACUUUUUCUUUAAACACUUUGGACCAAGUUGGGGAGUUAGCUUGCAUUGAGGGAGGUGACCCAGUUGCUAAGAGACUGGGAGGCCAGCCAGGGAUGAAAACUUUGCCUGUAUAAUCUGUGGUCACCACUGGGUGCCUGGGAGUUGCCCAUGGUGGACAAAGGGCAAGAGCGCUGGUUUUGGAGUCAGAUAGAUGUGCUCUGCCCUCUGGCCUCUGGGGCUGGGCCUCCAGGUUGGCUGUGGAUCCAGAGAGUUGUGUGGGAGAGGUAAUAUGUAUGUGAAAGUUCUUGGUAAACACCCAGCCACUAUAUAUUAUGAAUGGUAGCACCUAAUCUCAUUAAUGAUAUUUCAUGUGCCAUAUUGGGUCAUCUUCACUAAAGACCCUUCAAGAGGGUUUUCCUCCAACAGCCCUAGUAUUGACAUUGGUCUGGCCUUAUUAUUUGUAUCUAAUGGGGUUAGACUUUGCCUUCCAUGCUGAGAAAAAGUUGUCUUUAAGAGAAUGUGCUGAACAAUCAGGGCCCAGAGAGGCAACAAUGAAUAUUUUGCAUGCCAAGGAGGAGGCAAAAGAGGAAGUGGGAUUGUAACCAAAUAAUGCUUAUAAUAGGUGUUAUUUAGCUCCAGGAGGGAGGGUAAGCUCCAGGAGGGCAGGGUAUUAAUAUAUUGAGGUGUUGGCUGGGCACCGUGGCUCACGCCUAUAAUCUCAACACUUUGGGAGGCCAAGGUGGGAGGAUGACUUGAGACCAGGAGUUCGAGACCAGCCUGGGCAACAUAGCAAGACAUUGUCUCUACACAUAAUUUUAAAAAAUAGGCAUGGUAGCGUGCACUUGUGAUUCCCAACUACUCAAGAGUCUGAAGAAGAAGGAUCACCAGAGACUGGGAGGUCAAGGCUGCAGUGAGCUGUGUUUGCACCACUGCACUCCAGCCUGGGCGACAGAGCAUGACCCUGUCUCAAAAAAAAAAAAAAAAAAAAAAAAUCCUGUGGUGUUACCAUUGGUAUGAAUUCCCUGGGCUGUUAGUUCUACGAGGGCAGUGGUUUAAAUGGCUCUGUCACUGAGGAAACUCCAGCGCCUGGCACAUAGGAGGCCUAAAGUAAAUAUUCUUGGACUGUCCCAGGGUCUAAGGGCCCUUGGAAGUCACUGGUGAAUUUACUCUCUCCUUUGACAUUUGGAGAAACAGGGCCAAGAGGGGAAGGGACUUGUGCAAGGUCACACAGGGAUUGAGUGGCUGAGUCAGGACGAGAAUCCCACAGAAACAGCAGAGCCAGCACUGUUCCAGAGCCAACACCUGGCAUCCAUAGCUUUGUUUUGCUUCCACAAGAGCCCAAGAGGCAGCUAUUUUAAUCCUCUGAUUCCAAAGAGGAAACAAGCUCAGAGAGGUUGAGGGACUGUUGCAGAGUCACACAGCGGGUGAAUUCCAGACCCGAAAUUUCAUCCUGACAUAAAAAUGAGGCUUGUGGCUUCUCUUGAAACAGCCUGCCGGAGAGCCUACCGAGAUUAGUGGAGGAUGUCCACCACCAGGGCAGCAGCCUUCACCAGUUCUCCAGGCUCACCACCUGGCUGGCUUCCCUCCAGGCUGGAUCUUCCUAGGCCCCGUGGGCAUUUGUGUGGGUGAGCCCGUCGGGGCAGGGAGCCUGUCUGCUUCAUCUUCUGUGUGCCCCAGCACACAGAAUGCCUGGGUAGCAUUGAGGCUGGCAUAUAGUGAGCACUGAGCGAAAUCUGUGAGAUGGGGGUAACCCAGGGCUCUCCCUCUCCAUAAGCCCAUUAUCCACCACCUCCCUGCAGCCUGGUCUGUUUUGCCCCAGGGGUGUUAUGGGAACCUUUGACAGUGUGUAUCCUUGGAGAGCAGGCUGGGGCUUGCAAGCCUUGGUUAAGGAGGGAGGUGAGGAGGGCUGACCUUGAGUUGAGGAAUAUGAAUUGGGAGGGGUGAGGAAGUGGAGGGGAGGGGAAGGGAGGAAGUUGCGGCUCAGGCUGACAGAGGCACUCCUACUGGAGCCCUGGAGAUCUCACUUCUGAGGUUCAGCCAACCCAGAAGCCUCCCAAACCUUCUGCGAGACAUGUCCAGGCCAGACCGUAUGCCAUUUGGAUCACCUGCUAAUUUGGGUUCACCCUCUUGUGCCCUUGAGCUCUCCAGGGCUUCUGAGCUGCUGGAGUUGAGACCCCUUCCCCUGGGACUGUCACUUCUUAGCCAUGUUUCGGGCCUGUGGGUAAGCACCAAUUUUCAGGGCUCUGUGAAUUCAGAACAGUUCCUCUGAAUGGUCUUUGCUAAGAACAAUUUAAUGAUUAAGUAAGGUCAGUAUCCUUGGAAGUCCAAACUCUAGCCAAAUUUCCCUGGUCUGCACCCCUAGGGAUAAGGUAAAUGUUUAAGCACACAGUGAACUUCCCGAGGCCCCCAAAUCCAGUGGAACUAGCUAUUGAGGGCUAAAAGGACAGUUUUUUUAGAAAACUCCAAGCAAAUCUCUCAGGCUGGGGAUAUUUCAAAGACUACUACUAUUAUUGUUAAUAAUAAUUGCAAUAUUUGUUGAGUCCCUAAACGAAGCUAAAACUUUGUUCUAAUAAGUUUAAUCUUUACAGCAACCUAUGAGGUAGAUAAUAUUGUCAUUCCCAUGAGGGAGCUAAGGAUCAGAGAAGGUGAGUCACUUGUCUAAGGUCACACAGCUAGCAUGUUAUGGAAUCAGGAGUCAAACCUAGUUUGUCUGAAUCUGGAGUCCAUCUCCUCUGUGUACUUUUAUAGUGUCUGCUUUUUCCUUUAUUCCUAACCUCCUUCCAUUCUGAUUCCCAGUGAGUAGUGGACAGGAGCCUCUGAAGUUUGCCUGACACCAUCAACCAGGCCCUAGUCACCUGGCUUUGCCUUUGCCUUUGCUUUGCUGUGUGAUCUUAGCUCCCUGCCCAGGCCCACAGCCAUGGCCAUAGCCCAGAAACUCGGCUACCUCCUGCCCAGUCUGCGGCAGGUCAUCCAGGAGCCUCAGCUGUCUCUGCAGCCAGAGCCUGUCUUCACGGUGGAUCGAGCUGAGGUGCCGCCACUCUUCUGGAAGCCCUACAUCUAUGCGGGCUACCGGCCGCUGCAUCGGACCUGGCGCUUCUAUUUCCGCACGCUGUUCCAGCAGCACAACGAGGCCGUGAAUGUCUGGACCCACCUGCUGGCAGCCCUGGUACUGCUGCUGCGGCUGGCCCUCUUUGUGGAGACCGUGGACUUCUGGGGAGACCCACACGCCCUGCCCCUCUUCUUCAUUGUCCUUGCCUCUUUCACCUACCUCUCCUUCAGUGCCUUGGCUCACCUCCUGCAGGCCAAGUCUGAGUUCUGGCAUUACAGCUUCUUCUUCCUGGACUACGUGGGGGUGGCUGUGUACCAGUUUGGCAGUGCCUUGGCACACUUCUACUAUGCUAUCGAGCCCGCCUGGCAUGCCCAGGUGCAGGCUGUUUUUCUGCCUAUGGCUGCCUUUCUCGCCUGGCUUUCCUGCAUUGGCUCCUGCUAUAACAAGUACAUCCAGAAACCAGGCCUGCUGGGCCGCACCUGCCAGGAGGUGCCCUCCGCCCUGGCCUACGCACUGGACAUUAGUCCUGUGGUGCAUCGUAUCUUCGUGUCCUCCGACCCCGCCACAGAUGACCCAGCUCUUCUCUACCACAAGUGCCAGGUGGUCUUCUUUCUGCUGGCUGCUGCCUUCUUCUCCACCUUCAUGCCCGAGCGCUGGUUCCCUGGCAGCUGCCAUGUCUUCGGGCAGGGCCACCAACUUUUCCACAUCUUCUUGGUGCUGUGCACGCUGGCUCAGCUGGAGGCUGUGGCACUGGACUAUGAGGCCCGACGGCCCAUCUAUGAGCCUCUGCACACGCACUGGCCUCACAACUUUGCUGGCCUCUUCCUGCUCACGGUGGGCAGCAGCGUCCUCACUGCGUUCCUCCUGAGCCAGCUGGUACAGCGCAAACUUGAUCAGAAGACCAAGUGAAGGGGGAUGGCAUCUGGUAGGGAGGGAAGUAUAGUUGGGGGACAGGGGUCUGGAUUUGGCUCCAGGUGGGAACAAGGCCUCGUAAAGUUGUUUGUGUCUGGUCCACAGCGACUCCCUGUUCACGACUCAACUGCCAAGGGCGUCACUGGCCAAUUCUUGGAUUUAGGGAUUGGCUAGGAGUUGCUGGGGUCCACUCCUGGGCCUGCCCCAGCUCCUUGCCCAGGGAGAGGGAAAGAGUUAAAGGUGUGGGCCACUCCAGCUUGCCCUUCCACUGCCACUCACCGGGGUGAGGCUGGGGGUCAGCUUGGUGAGGAUUGGGGCUUCUAGAUUGUCUAGGCAGGAGGUGAAACUUAGGCCGGAGUCAGAUUUGAGCUGAGCCAGGGGAGGCCUUGGCAACACACUUCUACUCAGAUUUCGUUGCUGGAUGCGGAAGGGGCAGGCCCAAAAUAUAUGCAGGAUCUUACUGUCCCUUGAAUCCCAGCCACAAGUGUUGGAGCUGCAGAGAGACCCCAAAGGUAGUAGAUUGUGCCAGAUACAAAUGGGUCCCAUCCAGUGCUUCAUACCCCUUCAGUCACCAUCCCAGACAGUGAGCCUCAGAUCUCCUAGCUCUGGCUUCUGUGUCCCACACGGCCUGUUCCCAGCUUCUCUUCUGGUUCCCUUGUUAAGGAUUCAUUUAUCCAUUCAGUGUUUCCUGGGUCUCUGCUCAGAGGCAGGUCACCACUGGGCCCUGUGGAUCAAUGCAAGAUGACAAAGGCUUUUUUUUUUUUUUUUUUUUGAGGAGUUUCGCUCUUGUUGGCUAGGCUGGAGUGCAAUGGUGUGAUCUCAGCUCACUGCAACCUCCGCCUCCUGGGUUCAAGCGAUUUUCCUGCCUCAGCCUCCCGAGUAGUUGGGGUUACAGGCAUGUGCCACCAUGCCUGGCUAAUUUUCUGUAUUUUUAGUAGAGAUGGGGUUUCUCCAUGUUGGUCAGGCUGGUCUUGAACUCCUGACUUCAGGUGAUCCGCCCACCUCGGCCUCCCAAAGUGCUGGGAUUACCCGCAUGAGCCACCGCGCCUGGCCGACAAAGGCUUUGAUAUCAGAAUGAACUGUCAAGGGAAGUGCUGGAGAGGGAUUAACCUGUGCUGCCAGGGACUGUCAGGGUCUUAGGUUGGGGAGUGUGAAUAGGAGUUUGCAGAUGGAGAAUAGGAAGGGCAUUCCAGGCAGAGGGAAACCUGUGCAGAGACCCAGAGGUGCGGAAGGAAAAGUGGGGCUGGGGCUGGGGUGGUCUGGAUUAUGGCCUGGAUGCAAUAAAGUGACUGUGACAGUA